GCCACGCCGCGGAGUUGCCGCAGGUAAACAGCCCCCCUCCCAGGCGGGAGCGGGCCGCGCGGCCCAGGCAGGAGAGCCGCCGCCGCCCCCGGGAGGGACGCAGGGCGCGGGCCGGCUACAGCGCACGGCGGGGGCGGCGGCGGCCCGGCGCCCUGGAAGCUCGACCCCUCUCGCGGGGCGGCAGACCCCCGAGUCCCGCCGCAUCCCUGCUGACAUCCCUCUUCCUGCGCCCCGCGCCCUGCGCCCCGGUGACCUCGGUCUCCAUCGCCCCCCGCCGCCCUCUCUGGCUCGCGGCCCCGCCCGCGCCCCCCGCCCGUACCCCGCCGGGCCGCGCCCCCGCCCCCCAUGCACCACCUCCUGGAGCAGUCGGCGGACAUGGCGACCGCGCUGCUGGCGGGCGAGAAGCUGAGGGAGCUGAUCCUGCCUGGCUCGCAGGACGACAAGGCGGGCGCGCUGGCCGCGCUGCUGCUGCAGCUCAAGCUGGAACUGCCGUUCGACCGCGUGGUCACCAUCGGCACCGUGCUGGUCCCCAUCCUGCUGGUCACCCUGGUCUUCACCAAGAACUUCGCAGAGGAACCAAUUUACUGUUAUACUCCGCACAACUUCACCCGUGACCAGGCGCUGUACGCCCGUGGCUACUGCUGGACAGAGCUGCGGGAUGCGCUGCCCGGCGUGGAUGCCAGCCACUGGCCGUCGCUGUUUGAGCACAAGUUCCUGCCCUACGCACUGCUGGCCUUUGCCGCCAUCAUGUACGUGCCCGCACUGGGCUGGGAGUUUCUGGCUUCCACUCGCCUCACCUCCGAGCUCAACUUCCUGCUUCAGGAGAUCGAUAACUGCUACCACCGAGCAGCCGAAGGUCGCGCCCCCAAGAUUGAGAAGCAGAUCCAAUCCAAGGGGCCAGGCAUCACGGAGCGUGAGAAGCGAGAGAUCAUUGAGAAUGCCGAGAAGGAGAAGAGCCCCGAGCAGAAUUUGUUUGAGAAGUACCUGGAACGCCGGGGCCGCAGCAACUUCCUGGCCAAGCUGUACUUGGCACGGCACGUGCUGAUCCUGCUGCUCAGUGUGGUGCCCAUCUCCUACCUAUGCACGUACUACGCCACCCAGAAGCAGAACGAGUUCACCUGUGCCCUGGGCGCCUCACCUGACGGGCCGGUGGGUAGCGCUGGGCCCACGGUGCGCGUCAACUGCAAGCUGCCGUCCGUGCAGCUGCAGCGGAUCAUUGCAGGGGUGGACAUCGUCUUGCUCUGCUUCAUGAACCUCAUCAUCCUCAUCAACCUCAUCCACCUCUUCAUCUUCCGCAAGAGCAACUUCAUUUUUGACAAACUACACAAGGUGGGUAUCAAGACGCGCCGGCAGUGGCGCCGCUCUCAGUUCUGCGACAUCAACAUCCUGGCCAUGUUCUGUAACGAGAACCGCGACCACAUUAAGUCGCUUAAUCGGCUGGACUUCAUCACCAACGAGAGCGACCUCAUGUACGACAACGUGGUGCGGCAGCUUCUGGCUGCCUUGGCUCAGUCUAACCAUGACACCACGCCCACUGUGCGGGACUCUGGCAUCCAGACCGUGGACCCCAGCAUCAACCCCGCGGAGCCUGAUGGCUCUGCCGAGCCACCCGUGGUCAAGCGGCCCCGUAAGAAAAUGAAAUGGAUCCCCACCAGCAACCCGCUGCCGCAGCCCUUCAAGGAGCAGCUGGCCAUUAUGCGCGUGGAAAACAGCAAGACCGAGAAGCCCAAGCCAGUGCGCAGGAAGACAGCCACAGACACGCUUAUUGCCCCGCUGCUGGAUGCUGGUGCCCGGGCUGCCCACCACUACAAGGGUAGCGGAGGUGAUACAGGCCCCUCUUCUGCCCCGCCUGCUGCCUCUGAGAAAAAGCAUACCCGUCACUUCUCCCUGGACGUACAUCCCUAUAUCCUAGGUACCAAGAAGGCCAAGACCGAGGCGGUACCCCCUGCCCUACCAGCCUCCCGGAGCCAGGAAGGCGGCUUCCUGUCCCAGACAGAGGAGUGUGGGCUGGGCCUGGCUACAGCACCCACCAAAGAUGCUCCGCUCCCCGAGAAGGAAAUCCCAUACCCCACAGAGCCUGCCCGGCCAGGGCUUCCACCAGGGGGCCCAUUCCAUGUCUGCUCACCCCCCACAGCCCCUGCUGCUGCGUCCCUGUCACCAGGCAGUCUGGGCAAGGCUGACCCCCUCACCAUCCUGAGCCGAAACGCCACUCACCCCCUGCUCCACAUCAGCACGCUGUAUGAGGCCCGGGAAGAGGAGGAAGGAGGCCCCUGUGCACCCUCAGACAUGGGCGACCUCCUCAGCAUCCCCCCACCCCAGCAGAUCCUCAUCGCCACCUUCGAGGAGCCACGAACAGUUGUGAGUACUGUGGAGUUUUAAGGGCCAGGGCCUCCCAGGCCACCAGAAACUGUCCGCGUGAGCCAGGGAUGGCAAAACCGAGCCUAGGUUUGAGUAGAUCGGAACUCUGCUCACCCAGUACUGCCCACACACCCCCAGCCUCCUGUCUGCAUGCCACGGGGCCCAGCACCCCUUCCACCUGGCUCACCAUGGCAUCCACAAGUGCAGGCUGGGGCUCGAGCGCAAGGUGGGAUAGGGUGCCCACCCCGGGCAUCAGGCACCCCCACAGAGUGCUGGGCCACAAGACGAAGAGUUUAUUUUUUUUAGUGGGUUUUGUUGUGGGCUGACACAACUCAGCACACCCAGUUGGGCCCAGCCUAGAGGGUAAGUGAGGGGGGUGCUAGGGAAGGUGACACUGGCCUCAGGACAGACCCCAGGGAUCACUCACUUAAGGGCCUGGCCCCUGCAGAAGGACCUGAUGCCUUCAGGUGGGAGGACCAAGGGCUGCCCCAGGUCCAAAUCAACAUGCACUUUCUCCGCAUAGCCUGACACACACUUUAUUUUUACUAUGAUUACUGUAACCGACGAGCUUGUUCAUCAUCAGGAGAAUGAGGGUGCAUUUAAGCCAGGGGAGGAUGUACGUGAGCGGCCUAAGCAGAGGCGGGUGUGAACGUGCUGAGUAAGCAGGUGUGGGUACAAGCACCUGCACCUGCCUGAGUGAUUGAGUGUGCCAGAGAGUCACAGUGCCCAUGUGCAAGUGAGCUCGCGAACAAGCAGGAGGCAGGUGUGCCGUGAGUGAGCAUGAGCAUGUGUGAGUGUGUGUGUGUGAGCGAGCAAGCGAGUGAGCGAGCGGCCGGCACCCACAUGAGCAAUGGGUGAGAGCAGGCGUAGGCGCCAGGGCGCCAGGGUGCAGAUGAGGGAAGGAAUACAACGCAAUAACCACAUCCCCCUUCCCCGGGUCCCCAGCUGCUGGCCGGACAGUUUCCCAUGGGAGUCCAGGCCCCACUGGCCCCGCCCCUAUUACCUCAGCCACGCGCCACGUGACGAAGUAUUAACAAGGUAGCACUGAGCAUAUCAAUAAAUACUAUUCUGAUAACUC